AUGCCCCCUGCCCAAGAGUUCAAGCUCUGGCUUAUGGUCUACUUUGGCGAUCCGGACAAGCACUGGACCCGGCACAUUGCCCUCUUCUUCCAAGCACCGGAGGGGAAGCCACACAUUACCUAUCAUGUCAAAAAGGUUAACCAAGCCUGGAAGCUGGAAAUGCUGGAUGAGUAUGAUGCCAUGAAGAGCAUCAACAUUGUCGGCAAGGUCAGCUUGGGCAACAUCUCCAUCACGCCGAUGCAGUUGAAACAAAUUAUGGAGAGCGUCAAGAUCAUCAACAACGUGGGUGACAACCUGGAAGACGACGAUUCCAGCUGUCAGAACUGGACCGGCAGGGCGUUGCAAGCUCUCGAAGCUGCAGGUUACAUCACUGCAGUGGAGGUGACCAGAGGUAUUGACGGCAUGGUCGACAUUGUUCACGAAGCUGCUGCGUAG